AAGACAGAAGUGGACAAAAGCGAGGUUGCGGUAGCUUUAACCUUUUAUAUUGAUAUGCAUCCCUGCAUACAUUCUUUCAAACUAAACUAAAAUUAUAAUGAUGCACACCAACCUUUUCUUACAUUUCUUCUUCCAUGCAUGCUUUUGCGGGCUUUUGUUGCGUUAUAAAAAUACGUCCGUGUGAAACAAAGCCAUCAAACCAGUAUUGUAAUCGCAUACACAAAUCAUACAAAGAGAACGCUUUGAUUGUAAGUUUGUGAUGGAUAAAUCUAUUUUAUAUUCAUAUUUGAUUUUUUUUUACAUCGAAAAUCCAACUCAAAUGUAUAACAUGUAUAAAUGAAUUCAACAUUUACGGAUUCCUGUGUUUGUCUUUCCGCCCGGACUUUUCACUUGACGGACUGCAUGUUCUUCUCAUGCCCGUCAAAUCGUCCUUUAGCUACUUAGUCCAUGGAAGUUAAAAAACAUACACAUUUUACAUUUAUAUAGAGGUCAAAGUAUUUAUCAAUAUUGAAAAUGACAUCUAGAGGCACCCCGAGUCGCUUCCUACAAAGUGUUCUGCAAAACGGGGUGGGUCGGUAUGUUUGUCAAAUGAAGCGCAUUUCCCUCAUCUUCUCCAAGAAUGGACAGAGCUCUCUGGGAGCCAGGGAAUUCAUCGAAGAAGGAGUGGUGGAUUUUGCCCAAAAGAACCCUGGAACCGUUGUCUACGUAUCUCCUCAGUCCUGCAGGAUCCCUAAAAUUGUUGCAGAAUACUUAAACGGCAAUGUGAAGGAGGAAGCCAUCACAAGCAAGACGUCUCAACAGAUCGCAGAGUUAAUAACCAAACUGACCAACCAGUCUGGCCUGGAUAUCAUCCGUAUCCGCAAGCCCAUCCACACAGACAGCCCCAGCAUCCAGGGCCAAUGGCAUCCCUUCACUAACCGACCCCUGUCCAUUGGACCAAUCGGACCCCAGAAACAGCAGGCCAACUAAAGACUGAAACCUCAUAAUACUGGCAAUAUUUUUGUCUGUUAUCGUCACCCUCAUCAGUGGUAGAAUACAGGUCAGAUGUCCACUCUCCACAGAACUGUCCAGAGCAACUCCAUGGCAGACAAGCCAUUGUGUUUCUGAAACACCUGAAUCACCAGAUAUGUUAUAGCAUAUCUGCCAUUUUCGUUUGAAUGAAUUUUGCACAGUUAUCAGAGGCUUGUCAACUGGUGCAUACAGAACAGUUUGUGUCCAAACGAGUAUUUCAAACUGCUCACUACAGCUGUGUUUUACGAAUAGAAUAAAGUGGUCAAUGUUUUAGACUCA